AUGGCAGAAUGCAAGAUGGUUUAUCUGUUGAUGCCGAUGUUUGUUGCACUUAUAGCAUCUACCUUGGGAGUGCUUUUCCUGCAAUGUUCUGGAGGAAAGAAGAAAAGUGGAGAUGUUUCAAUGAAGAUUCAGAGGAAUGAGUGUUCCAAGAGAUCAGAAAAUGUAACACUCCCUGCAGAGGUUGCUGGAAGCACUAUUGAUAUAAUCAUUGUUGGUGCUGGAGUUGCAGGUUCAGCUCUGGCUUACACUCUUGCAAAGGAUGGUCGUCGAGUGCAUGUCAUUGAAAGAGACUUAAUUGAACCUGACAGAAUUGUUGGUGAACUCCUGCAACCAGGAGGCUACCUCAAGUUGAUAGAGUUGGGUCUUGAGGAUUGUGUGAAUACGAUUGAUGCACAACAAGUGUUUGGAUAUGCUCUCUACAAAGACGGAAAAAGUAACAAAGUAUCUUAUCCAUUGGAGAAUUUCAAUUCAGAUGUGGCUGGAAGAAGUUUUCACAACGGCCGGUUCAUUCAAAGAAUGAGGGAAAAAGCUGCAUCCCAAUCCAAUGUAAGAUUGGAACAAGGAACUGUAACAUCUCUGAUUGAAGAAAAGGGGAUUAUUAAAGGGGUGACAUACAAAACCAAGACAGGUCAAGAGCUGACAACAUAUGCUCCCCUCACUGUAGUAUGUGAUGGAUGUUGUUCAAAUUUUAGGCUCUCUCUCAGCAAACCUAAUGUUGAAAUCCCCUCUUGUUUUGUUGGUUUGAUCCUGGAGAAUUGUGAGCUUCCAUACAAAAAUCAUGGUCAUGUCAUAUUGGCAGAUCCUUCGCCAAUCUUGUUUUAUCCUAUUAGUAGCACUGAAAUUCGCUGCUUAAUAGAUGUACCGGGACAGAAAGUACCAUCCGUUAAAAAUGGUGAAAUGACAGAUUAUUUAAAAACUAUUGUGGCUCCUCAGAUUCCCCGUGAACUUUUCUCUGCUUUCAUGUCUGCAAUUGAUAAAGGAAACAUCAGAACAAUGACUAAUAGAAGUAUGCCUGCUGCCCCAUCUCCUACUCCUGGUGCUCUUUUACUUGGGGACUCAUUCAAUAUGCGGCAUCCUUUAACUGGAGGAGGAAUGACUGUGGCUUUAUCUGAUAUUGUCAUCAUAAGGGAUUUGCUUAGACCUCUAGGCGAUCUAAAUGAUGCACCUGCCCUUUGCAAGUAUCUUAAAUCUUUCUAUACCCUCCGUAAGCCGGUAGCAUCUACGAUAAAUACAUUAGCGGGUGCCCUCUACAAAGUUUUUUGUGCAUCACCUGAUCCAUCAAGAAAUGAAUUGCGCCAAGCAUGUUUUGACUAUUUGAGCCUUGGAGAUGGUUUCACGAAUGGACCAAUAGCUAUACUCUCUGGUCUAAAUCCUCGUCCACUCAGUUUGGUUAGCCAUUUCUUUGCUGUCGCAAUCUAUGGUGUCGGACGUUUAUUCCUUCCAUUUCCUUCACCUAAACGCAUGUUGAUUGGUGCUAGACUGAUUUUGGACGCAUCAAGUAUAAUUUUCCCGAUUAUGAAGGCGGAAGGUGUAAAAGAGAUGCUCUUCCCCGCUACCAUGCCAACACAUUACACAGUUCAGGAUCUAUGCUUAAGUAUCCGAAGGCAAGCUUUCAUGACAUCUUCAUCCAAUGGUCGCAGUAUUGAGCGCCUGUUUGAAGUAGGUUCCCCGACAACCUCAUUUGUUCGCGGGGAAGGAAUCCCGGAAGAGGUUUUCGAGGAGGUCAUUGUGAGGAGCUCAGAUAGUAUGCUGCAGGCUCUUCAAAUGCGGCUUCUACCAAAAUAG